UCUAACUUGUUGUUCAACAAGUGAACCUUCGGAAGCUAAAAGACGGAGCCGAACGCAUCCAGUUUCCUCGAUUCGCCCACCAAUCAGCUCGGUUUUGAUUCUGUUGUGCAGACAGACACUAAAGGGGUUUUACAGAUCGAAGCCGCCGGAGAAGAAGAAGAAGAUGUUUCUCACGAGGACUGAAUACGACAGAGGAGUCAACACUUUCUCUCCUGAGGGUAGGCUAUUCCAAGUCGAGUACGCCAUUGAAGCUAUCAAGCUUGGUUCUACUGCAAUUGGAGUAAAGACAAAGGAAGGAGUUGUGCUUGCUGUCGAGAAGCGUAUCACCUCGCCUUUGCUGGAGCCGAGCAGUGUGGAGAAGAUUAUGGAAAUUGAUGACCAUAUUGGCUGUGCCAUGAGCGGUUUAAUUGCUGAUGCGCGUACUCUUGUUGAGCAUGCAAGAGUUGAGACUCAAAACCACAGAUUCUCGUAUGGUGAGCCAAUGACUGUAGAGUCCACUACACAAGCCCUGUGUGAUCUGGCUUUACGGUUUGGUGAAGGAGAUGAAGAAUCAAUGUCUCGGCCAUUUGGAGUUUCUCUUCUCAUCGCUGGUCACGAUGAAAACGGACCGAGCUUGUACUACACAGACCCGUCCGGAACAUUCUGGCAGUGCAAUGCAAAGGCGAUUGGUUCAGGGUCAGAAGGAGCUGAUAGUUCUCUUCAAGAACAAUUCAACAAAGAUCUGUCACUUGAAGAAGCUGAGACAAUCGCUGUAUCUAUCCUCAAGCAAGUUAUGGAAGAAAAGGUGACUCCGAAUAAUGUGGACAUUGCCAAGGUAGCUCCAGCGUACCAUAUCUACACUCCGCAGGAAGUUGAAGCAGUUAUUAGUCGUCUUUGAGGAAGAUGCUCAAAUACGGUUGAUGUAUCUCUUAUCCGCCUCUGUGUUUACUUCGGAUUUAUAAACCAAGAGAUUUUUAUUUCACCUGGUCUGUUAGAUUUGAUGUUUCAUUUGACGUUUUUAAUUGUGUUGUUUAAGAGAAUCUUUCUUUCAAUCAAUAACCGAUCGGAUUUGUGACAGAAAAUUUCUGAUGCAAAUGACCUUAUCUUU